UGUUAACAAUUUCCUGCACAUUGACUGUGUGCAAAGGAUUUUGAGGGGACUGAAAAUGUUUCUUCUUCUGAGUUGUUGGAUUAUUGCAGGUGUUUCAGCAGAGGACCCACCAACGAUGCACUACAGCGAGAGAAACAGCUCUUUAUGUCUAAAAAUCAGAAAACCACCACCACAUAAAGACAUCAAGUGGCGUUUUAAUGAGAAAGUCAUUGUUAUGCAGAUGAACGUCACACCUAAGUACAUAGGUAAAGUGAAUUAUAAUCCACAGGACCACUCCGUGUGUAUCAACAAGCUCAACGACACAGACAGUGGCAGCUAUCAAGUUUCAGUCACUGAUCGGAAUUAUGAUGAAUCAGUGGAGAAACACAUACUGAUUGUUGAAGAAACUGUUCCCACACCUGUCAUUAGGAUGUCAGGGCAGCACUCCAACCUGUCUGCUGGAUUCUGCAACAUCACAGUCAACUGCUCCAUCCAGGACGACUGGGUGUGGUCUGUCUGCGAUGAAGACAGUUGCACAACAUCUCAGAGAUCACUGAGGAAGGUCAACAUCACCAUCUCAACCGAAAACAGAUCUAUUGUGUGUAGUGGCAACAACCAUGUCAGCACAAGCAAUGUUUCUGAAAGCAUAGAGGCAAGGUGCUCAAGAAAAUCCAAUUCUGAACACGAGGAGACAUCAGAACCACCCACUGUACAAAUAAUAGUUAUUGCAGUGUGUGUGUUCUUCGGUGUUUCUCUCUUCUGUGCUGUGUGUGUGGCCAAGGGACUUUUUUCAACAGGCCGUAACUCCUUUCAGGGUCAGACAUCUUCUGCUCAGUUAAUAGAAAACCAGCCAGUGGAUGCACAGCCACAGCCUGCACAGAGAGUCUCUACCUCUUCUACCUCCAGUCAAGCUGAGGCCUCUUAUGAAAACGUGGAUACGUCACAGCCCUGCCAGACCAGCAGCCCAACCAUCAGCCCAAGAGAGGGCUUGGGAUCUGCGCAAAGUCAGAAAGUAGAUACUGUGUACAGCAUUUUACAGGCACCAAAUGUGACUUCCUCGCUAGGCAAAGUUGACGGCAGUGAAAAUACGAAAGGACCCAAGGACGUACAAGAGGCAUCGCCGUCUCAGUAUGCCAUCCUGGACGAGGCACAGCACCCUGCAAAAAUUGACACAGUGUACAGUGUGUUGCAAAAGCCAAAAAUCUGAAGUCACAGCACCACCGAUAUGUCAAAUUUUCAGAAGACAUGAGAAGAUGAACGUGACAAGUUAGACUCUGUUAGUUGAGCAGGUUAGACUCUGUGAAAGCCAGAAUUAUGAUAUUGAUGUUCAUUCAGUAUUCACUUGAAACUGGAGGACACUUCUUUCGUGAUUUUCCAAUUUUUUUUUUUUUUUUUUUUUUUUUUUUAACAGUUUUUUAGUAUUGUGGUAUUUGUAUUUUUCCAGAAGAGAUGAGAAGCUCAUUUAUAUUUUUUCUUUACAUGAAAAAGCAAUCAAACAAAAAAAAAAAACUCAUUCAUUCGUCAAGUCAUUCGUGAAUGACUCGCCACUAUAACAUGUUUUUUUAACAGACUUCUUUGGAUUGUUGCACCCUAAAAUGCCUGAUUUCAAAGGCAGAUUUUCAAAAAAAAAAAAAAAAAAGCACUGCAUGUUGUUAUGUCUUUGGGCAUUACUUUCUUUUUUUCUUUUUUCAAUGAAAUUGCGAGAGCAAGGGAAAAUGCUGAAAAACUUUU